AGUACUGAUCUCUUCUGCAGUACACACAUCAUUUUUGUAGAGGGUCUUAUUUUUGUCUUUUUUUUUAAUUCCAGUCAUUUUGUUUAAUAUCUGGAAAGUGUGACACCAGCUGCCAAGGCAUCCCACUCUUCUUUUCAUACUCCUGGAUCUUUUUCUUCUUUCUUUCUCUGGGACCCCAAACUUUCUCAAUCUGGUACUUUCUUGAUUGAGAGCGCUAUCCUUCCCCUCUCUCUCCUGUCCCUUCUGUUUCUUUUUCUGGCUAUGCACCAUGCUGUCCUCCCCUACAGUGAUCCUUCAGCCCUACGGACUCCCUGUUUACCCCCAGACAGCUUCCUGCUACCCCAGCCUAGUACAGGGAGCCGCCGCCCAAGAGGCGGGGCCAGGCAGUGGUGACCCUUCACUUCCUCAGGUCUAUGCCCCACCCCCUUCAUAUGCCACACCUGGUCAAGCCCCACCCACAUCUGCUGCCAGGCUUCCACCCCUCGAUUUCAGCUCCGCUCAUCCCAGCUCAGAAUAUCCCGAUCAUCAUCAUUUGAGGGUCUAUCAGGGCCCUCAGCAGGAGUUACAGGAGUCUGUAACUGCCAAUAAUACGGACAAUUCUUUGGCUCCCGUAACAUCUGACCCGCAGUCUCUCAGUGUUUCCGUGGCAACUGGGAGUGGAACGAGUGGAAGUGAGGCAGACGGCAGUGGCAAGGCCCAGCCUAAAAGACUUCAUGUGUCCAACAUUCCUUUUAGGUUUCGUGAUCCAGACCUGAGGCAAAUGUUUGGGCAAUUUGGCAAAAUUCUAGAUGUGGAGAUCAUUUUUAAUGAGAGAGGAUCAAAGGGUUUUGGAUUCGUGACAUUUGAGAGUGCAGUGGAAGCAGACCGAGCGAGAGAGAAGCUGAACGGAACGAUCGUCGAGGGAAGAAAGAUUGAGGUGAACAAUGCCACAGCCAGGGUUGUCACAAAGAAACCGCAGACACCUUUAGUAAAUGCUGCUGGGUGGAAGAUAAAUCCAGUAAUGGGUGCCAUGUAUGCUCCUGAACUUUAUACAGUCGCCAGCUUCCCUUAUCCUAUGCCCACGCCAACCUUGGCCUACAGAGGCUCCACACUCCGUGGCCGUGGGCGAGCAGUCUACAAUACCAUCCGGUCGGCUGCAGCAGCGACAGCCACACCCACCGCGGUACCAGCCUAUCCAGGUGUUGUAUAUCAGGAUGGAUUGUAUGGUGCAGAGGUCUAUGGAGGAUAUUCAACCACAUAUAGGGUAGCGCAGUCUGCCUCAGCCGCUACGGCAGCCACAUACAGUGAUGGAUAUGGAAGAGUCUACACCACAACAACAGACCCCUACCAUCACUCAGUUGGACCUACCACCACUUAUGGAGUUGGAACAAUGGCAAGUUUGUAUCGCGGAGGUUACAACCGUUUCACCCCAUACUAAACUAAGACUCGACUCACUGACUUGCACGCCACUUCCACCAAGAUGUUCUGGAAAAUGAUGAGACCUCCUUCUUCCUGUUCCAAUCCCAAACUGUUUGUGGUUGUAAAUACUAUGGCUCACAUCUUAUUUAUUGGAUGAAUCCAUUCUGAAAAUAUGCAGAAGUGUAUUUGUGGACUUUUAUUUAAGUCUAAUACUUAAACCAACCCCCUUACAAAAUGGAAAACAAGAAUAGACAACUUUCUUGUGUAACAGACUGCACACUGUAAAGCUGCUGUAUAUCUACAUAUCAUAAUAUUGCAGUCAUGGAGGUAUGAUUUGCCUAUAGAGCCACAAAGAUAAGUGAUAGACCUCACAAAGAUUUUAGAUAUUAGUACAAAAGCUGGGAAUGUUUUAAAUGUUGCACUGUUAAAUGAUGAUAUGAAAUAUCCAAAGACAGCCACACAGGUGGAACAUUCACCAAAGUGACAGAUGCGUAAGAUCAGAUCCAGUUUGUAUAGUUGAUGUGUGUGUGUUGGUGUGUAUUUGAGUGCGUGUAAUUUAAAUAGCAAUACUGUGAGAUACAGCAAUGGCACUGACCUGUGUGAUAUAUGUGUUCUCUCUCUCUCAAUAUCAUCUACCUCUAAGCAAGUAUCUCUUUAUCUCUCCUAAACCUCUGUUAACUUCUGUUUUUCCUGCUGAGACAUUUCUAUAUGUUUAUUAAUAUGGCUGCUUUGCUCACACUGUUUCUUACAAGCAAAUCUGUGGUGCUUUCCUUUCUGAAUGUGUCUUUUUCAUUUCCUUGACGUAUUUGUGGUCUGUUCAUCUUGCUAUUCUUUUUCCUACUGUGUUUUGAAUGGUGUUCUUAAUAAAUAAAGCUUACCCUUUACUCUUUUAGCUAUCUGUUACUUAGCUUCUUGUCAUCUGGUGUGCUUUACUUUCUUUUUCCUCUGCUUUCACGGUAGUUCCUGUCUUAUAGAUGUUGCAAUUGAUGCUAGUGUUCUCUGGAAAUCUUUGCUAUCUCUUUCAGGGGACUAAUGCAUGAAUGUAUUCUAGUUUGUAAUAAUAAGAUCACAAGAAUUACAAACUGAAUUUUUACUGAAUCCAAAUUGAAUCAAUGGUAAAAUGUUAGGAAUCAGCUAUUAUGAACCUUUGAAUAUUAUAAUACUAAAUACUGGGCGCAUACUCUCUUUAUUUUACAGUAGUCUAUGCAAUGUCUAUUAGUGACCUGCCUCCUUAUUGCCCUCUUUUCUUUCUUUCUUUCUUUCUUUCUUCUACAUUAUUUUUUAUUCCUUCCUGUCUUCUUUUUUCUUUCUUCUAAUUUUUUUUCUUUCUUUCUUUCUUUAUCCUACAUUCUUUUUUCUUUCUUCUACAUAAUUUUUUAUUCCUUCCUGUCUUCUUUUUUCUUUCUUCUAAUUUUUUUUCUUUCUUUCUUUCUUUAUCCUACAUUCUUUUUUCUUCCUUCCUUCCUUCCUUCCUUCCUGUCUUCUUUCUUUCUUUCUUUCUUUCCUUCUUUCCAUAAAAAAGAAACAAACUAAAAAGUUUUUUGAAAACCUAUUGAAGAUUACUAUACACUGUAAAACCUAAAAGUUAACUCAACUCAAACCAUUGAAGUAAACCGGUUGCAUUAGUUUUAAACACAUACAUUUGAGUACUGUGAACUUAAACAAAUUGAGUCAUAUGCAGUUAUGCACUUAUAUUUAAGUUCACACUACUUAAAUAUAAGUGCAUAAGGCACAUGACUCAAGUUCACAGUAUUUAAAUGUAUGUGUUUUAAAACUUAAAUGGUCUAAUGCAACCGGUUUACUUAAAUGGUUUGCGUUAAGUUAAGUGUUAACUGUUAGGACAGAUAUUGUCUUUAUAUUACAGCGGUCUAUGCAAUGUCUAGUGACCUGCCUCCUUAUUGCUCCUUUUUCUUUCUUUCUUGGUUUUCCUCUUUCUUUCUUUCUUACACACUUCCUUCCUUUUUCUUUUUCCCUCCUUUUUUACUUUCUUCUUUCCAUCCGAGCUACCUAAUUUUCCCAAUUGGUGGAUGUCCUCAGGGCAACAUUUUGACCCAGGGACAACAUUUCAAUCAACCAAUCAGAUUUCAGAAAUAAGUGUACAGUUUGUUUAAAGUUUAAGCUUACAACCAGGAUUAGCUGUUUCUAGACCAGUGUUUUUAACUUUUUAUGUCCCUUUGAUUUUAGGAUUUGGUUAAGUGUUGUCCUUGGGUCAACUCAAUAUGUUGCCCUGAGGACAUCUCUUACUUGGCAAAAUCAGUUCGAGCCUAUACCUAGCUACCUUCCACCCAUCCGCUCCUUUAUUUUUUUCCUACAUUCUUUUUUCCUAUUUCCUUCAUUCCUUCCAUUCAUACUGCCUUCUGUUUGUCUUUUUUCCUACAUCCUUUCUUCUUUAUUUUUCCUAUUUCCUCUCUUCCAUUCAUACUGCUUUCUGUUUGUCUUUCUUUCCUACAUCCUUUCUUCUUUAUUUUUCCUAUUUCCUCUCUUCCAUUCAUACUGCUUUCUGUUUGUCUUUCUUUCCUUCAUCCUUUCUUCUUUAUUUUUCCUAUUUCCUCCCUUCCAUUCAUACUUCUUUCUGUUUGUCUUUCUUUCCUACAUACUUUCUUCUUUAUUUUUCCUAUUUCCUCCCUUCCAUUCAUACUGCCUUCUGUUUGUUUUUCUUUCCUACGUCUUUCUUUCUUUCUUUUUCCUUCCUUUUAUCUAUCCUGUGAUUUAUUUCUUUUUCUCCCUUCUUCUUUCAUGUCCUGCAGUGUUCCCUUGCUACUUCCUUUUUGUAUUUCUUUUCCCUUUUGCUUUUAAGUUUCCAGGUUUCUUUCUCUUUCUCCUUUUCUAUUUAUACAGUACUUUUAAUGGCAUCCCUCUGUCUCUGUGUUUCCUCCGCCUACUUAACAGCUAUUAUUAUUGUUAGUAAGGCUUGGUCAUCUUUUAGUCAUGGAUAUUAAUAAUUAUUGUUAAUAAAUAUAUAUGAUUUUUCCUUUCACCAUCUUUUCUGGGCCACCAUCUAUAUUUCCUCCUGCUUUCCUCACGCUAUUUUCUUAUCUUCUUUACUAUUUCAAUUUUCUAUUUAAGUGUGCUUAUAUUACUCUUUUUCUCUGAUUUUCUUCCUGCAUUUAAUCUGUUCUCUCUGCUUUAAGCGUCUAUUGUUUAUAUUUAUUCUCUAAUUUAGUUCAGUCGAUCUGUUUGUUCCUUUCAUUUCUCUCUUUUACUCAUAAAGAUUCUUCCAGACUGCUGUAACCACAGGACCUCAUGGUGUCAUUGCUGUAUCACCUAUUCAUUGUUUUCUUUAUUUGAUUCACUACAGUGUAAGAUAGGCUAUGUUUUAAUUGUACAUUAAAACACGUUAAAACUGUUUAAAGUUUGUGUUUGAUACUUGAACAGAACAUUUUUAACUGUGAUGUUUUUGACAAUAAAAAAAUCACAUGUCAGCAAGCAA